CAGCACCUCGGCCAGUACAGUAACAGAGAUGACUUCAGAGAAGAGUAUCGAAUUUGACGAGCUUCCACUACAUCGUCUCCUUGAUACUAAAGAUUUAGGCCAUGUUUUGGGACUUUUGAGGCAGUGUUCGUUUUCCUUUCGCAAAUGGAAAGACUUUGGAUCAGCUUUAGGACUGGGUCGUGGGACAUUGAAUGACAUUCAGCUUCGGUUUGGGAAUAACUCAAGGGAAGAUUGUAUGAAAGAAUGUUUGUCAAAAUGGCUAAAGAAAGUAGACAACGUUAAGCGUAAAGGAGUGCCUACUCUAGGGAGAUUGUCAGAUGCUUUAGAAGAGAUUGGUGAGAGAUCAGCUGCUGAAUACAUCAGAAGAAAUG